GUGAUGGUGGAGCUUUCCGUUGUCGAGCUCGCACUGGUCGAGGAUACGGUCGUGCUGGAGCUCUCGGUGGUGGAAGUCGGAGUGGUUGAACUCAAGGUGGUGGUGGAGCUGUCCGUUGUCGAGCUCGCACUGGUCGAGGAUACGGUCGUGCUGGAGCUCUCGGUGGUGGAAGUCGGAGUGGUUGAACUCAAGGUGGUUGUAGAAACGCUCGUGGUGGAGCUUUCCGUUGUCGAGCUCGCACUGGUCGUGGAUACGGUCGAAGUCAAGGUCGUGCUAGACGACUCGGUGGUAGACGACUGGGUGGUCGAAGACACGGUCGCGCUUGACGUCUCGGUGGUGGUAAUCGUACUCGACGUCUCCGUGGUUGUGGUCCGGGUUGAGGAGGACGUCUCGGUGGCAGUAGUCAUGGACGUCGUCGACGAUUCGGAGGUAGACGACUGGGUGGUCGAAGACACGGUCGCGCUAGACGUCUCGGUGGCAGUAGUCAUGGAAGUCGUCGACGAUUUGGAGGUAGACGACAGGGUGUUCGAAGACACGGUCGCGCUAGACGUCUCGGUGGCAGUAGUCAUACUCGACGUCUCCGUGUUUGUGGUCAGGGUUGAGGAGGACGUCUCGGUGGUAGUAGUCUUGGACGUGGUCGACGACUCGGAGGUAGACGACUGGGUGGUCGAAGACACGGUCGUGCUAGACGUCUCGGUGGCAGUAGUCAUGGACGUCGUCGACGAUUCGGAGGUAGACGACUGGGUGGUCGAAGACACGGUCGCGCUAGACGUCUCGGUGGCAGUUGUAAUACUCGACGUCUCCGUGUUUGUGGUCAGGGUUGAGGAGGACGUCUCGGUGGUAGUAGUCUUGGACGUGGUCGACGACUCGGAGGUAGACGACUGGGUGGUCGAAGACACGGUCGUGCUAGACGACUCGGUGGCAGUUGUCAUGGACGUCGUCGACGAUUCGGAGGUAGACGACUGGGUGGUCGAAGACACGGUCGCGCUAGACGUCUCGGUGGCAGUUGUAAUACUCGACGUCUCCGUGUUUGUGGUCAGGGUUGAGGAGGACGUCUCGGUGGCAGUAGUCUUGGACGUGGUCGACGACUCGGAGGUAGACGACUGGGUGGUCGAAGACACGGUCGUGCUAGACGUCUCGGUGGCAGUUGUCAUACUCGACGUCUCCGUGUUUGUGGUCAGGGUUGAGGAGGACGUCUCGGUGGUAGUAGUCUUGGACGUGGUCGACGACUCGGAGGUAGACGACUGGGUGGUCGAAGACACGGUCGUGCUAGACGUCUCGGUGGCAGUAGUCAUGGACGUCGUCGACGAUUCGGAGGUAGACGACUGGGUGGUCGAAGACACGGUCGCGCUAGACGUCUCGGUGGUAGUACUCUUGGACGUGGUCGACGACUCGGAGGUAGACGACUGGGUGAUCGAAGACAAGGUCGUGCUAGACGUCUCGGUGGCG